AAGACUAAAAUUCGUCUUGGUAACCGAGACGACGUUGAAGUUACGAAGAAAUUCUUGGUCGAAUGGGCGCAAAACACUAUGGAUUUGUUCCUUUAUCGAGGGGAGGGCUGGAAUAUAGUCCGUCAAGAGCCUUCAGUGACAUUUUGUUAUUGCUAAACCUUACUGACAGUGAUACCUACAACCUCUAUAAGGGUGACAACUGCAGUGUCGUCGCAAAUGACUACCCCGCCGAUAAUAGUAUGUUCGGUUUACUAAAAGGAGUCAAUCUGUGGAAGAGUCAUUACUUGAAUUUGUUCAAUGAUACGGUCGUUGCAGUCGUGACAAAACUGCCACACAGUGUGCAAGCUAAAGUUUUGAAUGUUAAUUACAUUCGCCUCGGUGCAUUUGUAGCUGGUAUAUUACUAUUUAUCUUUGCUCGAAGUCUAGCCAAAAAUACGCUUUCUAUGGAAUUGAUUUGCUCCAAAGAAAUUGAUAGGUUUACCAAUCCUUGUUGGUGGAUGGUCACUAGCGAUGUACAUGUUGCAUCUUACUUGGAAAAAUUUCGCAUCGCUCGCAGCACAGUAUUAAAAAUACUCUGUUGCAUAUGUUGCUACGGUCAUUGGGCAAUGCAAGCUGUGGCGCUUUUGCUCAUCUCUGCGUCGUCUGAGAGUCGUUCUCUAGGUCCAAGAAGUUUCAGUGGGAGUCAUCACUCUCCUGGUCCUGCAUCAGUUCACAAGAUCUUGGCUAGGUUCAUUUCUGCGAGGCAUUGGUGCAGUUGCUGGGUACUUUUGGAGGAAGCUGUUUCCACCAAGGCGACGUCUACUGACAAGAGAAGAAUAUGAAAAAGAGGGAAGAGAGACUACAAAGCGAGAAUUAGAAAAAUUACGACACUACUGUCGCAGUCCUGAUGCCGAUGUAUGGAAAAUCACUAGUGCCAGAAAUAUUUUUCACUCUUGGUUUGGUUGAGUGACUUACUCUUUCUGCCUAAGAUAACUUAGUACUGGUCGGAUAUCUCUACGAGUUGUAACUUUCGAUAUUUUGCUUUCGGUGUGUUGAUAAUUUCUCAUGUAUACACUAAGAAAAAUCUUUUGAAUAAAACAAAAGAUAAUACAUAUCGAAACAGUUAGCCAAG